AUGAUCAAUUUGAGGAGCAAGGGAUCGGUGGCUGAAGAGAGUGCUGAGAGGAGCUGUGUUGACUGCAAGGUGACCAGGACACCAUUGUGGAGAAGUGGGCCGGCUGGUCCAAAGACCCUGUGCAAUGCCUGCGGCAUCAGGCUGAGGAAACGACUUGCCAGUCUGAACCCAGAAGACAAAGCAAACAAGGGGAAGAGAAAGAAAUCCAGAACAGAAAGAACUAGGCCAACAGCCUCUGUCUCCACUAAUGGCUCAACAACAAACACUGCUGCUGGUAAAAGCACUUCCACAACAGCCAAAAGUGCUUCUCCUCCUCCUCCUCCUCCUCCUGCUGCUUAUGGCAAUGCUCGUGGCAGUCGCGGCACAUACUUGCUCAGGGCGGUGAGGAUUGUUGCGAAUAAACAGAGAGUGGUGAGAAAGUUGAGGUGGUGCUUCCAAAGGAGGAGGAGGACUAAUUUUAGGAGGACUGGUUUUUACUUCUUUGACAAAAAUGUGGAACAAGCAGCUGUGGCGGCGUUGCUAGCUCUCUCAUGUGGCUCCUCUCUUGAUUGA